AUGGAAGAAGGAGAUUAUGUUGGGAAUAUAGCUGAGGGGGAAGCUAUAAUAGAAGGGGAAGAAGGGGAGGAUGUCGGCCCCCAGAAGAAUGGUGAAGUGGAAUCCCUUGAGAAUAAAGAUGAGGAGAAUAUAGAUAGAGAAGAGGUUAUUGUAGAUAAUAAGGUUAAGGAUAAUAUAGAUAAGGAUGAGGAAAAUAUAGAUAUGGAAGUGGAGAAUCUAGAGAAGGAGGAGAAAUCAGAGAAGGAAGAGGAGCUUGUUGGUGGAGAAGGGGGGAAUGUAGAUAGCAGGGUUAAGGAAAUUGUACAGAAAGAGGAGGAGAUUGUACAUAGGGAAGAGGAGCAUGUUGGUAGAGAAGAGGAGAAUAUAGAUAGUAGGGUUGAGGAUAAUGUAGACAAAAUCUUAGAAGAUCUGUCAAGUGAUGUGCAAAUAGAGAAAGAUGUAGCAGCCAUAACGAGGAAUAAGCCAACGUUGCGAAGGGCAAGCAAGCGGUCUAAAUGGUGUCAUACCCCAUACACAGAGGGAAAGGGAAAGGCAAAGGGAAAGGGAAAGGUAAAGAAAAAGCAAAAAGUUACUAUAGAUAUACUUGCAAGUCUUGAUGAUGUACAUACAAUUGACAAAGUUUCCCAUUUUUAUACCGGCAAACAAUAUCCCACUUAG